AUGUCGAGGUGGCCCGUCGGCUUCGGGUGGAGCGCGGGGGGGCUGUGCUUCCCUUACUACGUGGGGGUGCUCGACACGCUGCGACGCGCGGGCGUGGCGGACCAGGCGCACAUGGCCGGGGCGUCGGCCGGCGCGCUCAUCGCGGGCCUCCACGGCGCGGACGUCCCGACGGAGACCAUCGUCGACGGCAUGCACCAUCUGUACGCGGACCUGCGAGCGAAGGGCACGUACGGGCGGCUGCACGAGCCCCUGCGGUGGGUCAUGGGCCAGUUCCUGCCCGACGACGCGCACGAGCGCGCGAGCGGGCGCGUGCACCUCGCGGUGACGCGCGUGUACCCGUCCGUCCAGUCGCACAUCAUCAGCAAGUUCCACUCCAAGGAAGACCUCCUCGAAACCAUGCUGCUGUCGAGCCACGUGCCGCUCUUCCUGCAGCGCGGGUCGCUCGCGCGCCCGUACCGCAGGGAGCUCGGCUGGGACGGGUACUGGGUCGACGGCGGCUUCACGAACUUCAUCCCCCUGCCGCCGGGGGCGCGGCUGACGAAGCGAAUCUGCUGCUUCCCGCUCGCGGAGGAGCUUGCGGGGUCGGGGCGGUACGGGCAGGGCCUGGCGUGCACGCCGGACUUCCACCCGGAGGUUGCGGGGGGGCGGGAGGACUACACGAUGGAUCGCAUGCUGCGGUGGGCGUUCCAGCCCGCGUCGGAGGAGGAGGUGGACGCGCUGGUGGCCAUGGGGCGCGCGGACGCCGAGCUGAUGAUCCGGAAGUGCGAGGGGCUGAGCGAGCUGUCGGUGUCGGGGUCGCUGGACGAGGAGGACUGCGAGGCGGUGGCGCGGAAGAUCGAGGUGCCGCGGUGA